AUGGAGUCGUCGCUCCGCCGCCCGGGCCCCCGCGGGGACAGAGCCUUUGAAGAUGAGACCAUGAAGCUCAGGCAGCUGAAACUGGAUAACCAGAGAGCGCUGCUGGAGAAGAAGCAGAGGAAAAAGCGCUUGGAGCCGCUCAUGGUGCAGCCGAACCUGGAGGCCCGGCCGCGGCGGGCGAAGCCGAGGGGCUGCGAGGAGCUCACUCUGCUGGUGGAACCUCAGGCCCCACAUGGCGGUGUCGUCUUGCAGGGCAUCGAUGGUCCUGCUGCCUUCCUGAAGCCGGAUGCUCAGGACGUGGACACCAGACUUCCUGAUCUCACGGUAGGCUCUUCUGCCGCAGAGGACACUGAGGGGAGCCCAGACGGGGAGAGCGCUCGGGACCCCGCCCCCAAGCCGGAUCUGCAGGAGGUGCUCCGACAGCACGGGAUCUCAGGGAGUUUGAACUUUGACGAGGAGGAGACUGAUGGGGAGGAAGGAGAAGGGAACCAACUAAGGUCUCAGUCGCCGUGUUCAGAGGCAGAGAGACCCGGUUCUGCAUCCAGCCAGAAGCCAGCCCCGGGCACAGGGGCCUCCGGGACCGCAGCCCCUCACUCUGACAUUCAGCCGGGAGAAAUAGAGGACUUGGAAGGCUUCGCGUACAGUCCUGCGCCGCGAGGUGUCACAGUGAAGUGUCGGAUAACCCGGGACAAGAAAGGGAUGGACCGGGGGCUCUUCCCCACCUACUACAUGCACUUGGAAAAGGAUGAGAAUCGCAAGAUAUUUCUUCUUGCAGGUAGGAAGCGGAAAAAGAGCAAGACCUCCAACUACCUCAUCUCCACGGACCCCACAGACCUGUCCCGAGAUGGGGAGAGCUACAUUGGCAAGCUCAGGUCCAACCUCAUGGGGACUAAGUUCACCGUGUAUGACCACGGCGUGAGCCCGACCAAAGCCCAGGGCCUGGUGGAAAAGGCCUAUACGCGGCAGGAGCUGGCCGCCGUGUGCUAUGAGACAAAUGUACUUGGAUUUAAAGGCCCGAGGAAAAUGUCUGUGAUCAUCCCUGGGAUGAAUAUGAAUCAUGAACGGAUCCCUUUUCAGCCACGAAAUGACCACGAGAGCUUGCUUUCAAAAUGGCAGAACAAAGCCAUGGAGAACUUGAUCGAGCUGCACAACAAGUCGCCGGUCUGGAACGAUGACACUCAGUCCUACGUCCUGAACUUCCACGGCCGGGUCACUCAGGCGUCUGUGAAGAACUUCCAGAUCGUCCACGACAACGACCCUGACUACAUAGUCAUGCAGUUUGGACGCGUGGCCGACGACGUGUUCACGCUGGAUUACAACUACCCGCUCUGUGCACUCCAGGCCUUUGCCAUCGGGCUCUCCAGCUUCGACAGCAAGCUGGCCUGCGAGUGA